AAACACCAAAGGGUAGUUGUCAAAAAAGAAGAAGCGAGAGAGAGAGAUUGAUUUAAGACGCCUUCUGUUGUUGUUCGUCGCUCUCGCUCAUCGCCGCGUUCUCUCUCUUCUCUCCGUGUCUGGUUUGAUAAGUCCAUGGAUAAUAAGGGCCCAGUGCAGAAAACAGUUGUGCUCGAGCCGUUUAUCAAGUUGGUGAGGCUUUUAGCAAGGGCUUUCUAUGAUGAUUACACUACCAAAAGCGAUAAUCAGCCGAGAACUGCAAGAAGUGACAAUAGAGGGAUUGCCGUUGUUGUGCUCGAUGAGCUUACAAGGAAGCAAUGGGUUAGAGAAGAAGACUUGGCUAAAGAAUUGAAGCUGCACGCCAAACAACUUAGAAAAAUAAUACGACACUUUGAAGAACAAAACUUGAUCAUGCGUGACCACAGGAAAGAGACUGCAAAAGGUGCAAAGAUGUAUAGUGUUGCAGUAGCUGCUACAACUGGUGGUCGAGCAGAGGACAAGGUUAAGUUCCAUACCCACUCGUAUUGCUGCCUCAAUUAUCCACAGAUAUAUGAUAUUGUUCGUUAUAAACUACACCGGAUGAAAAAGAAGCUCAAAGAUGAACUAGAAGAUAGGAAUACUGUUCAAGAGUAUGGCUGUCCUAACUGCCAGAGGAAAUAUAAUGCACUGGAUGCCUUGAGAUUAAUUUCUAUGGAAGACGAUGCUUUUCAUUGUGAAAAUUGCAAUAGUGAAUUGGUUGUGGAAUGUAACAAGCUAACUUCAGAAGAAGUAGCUGAUGGAGAUGAUAAUGCAAGGAAGCGGCGGCGGGAAAAACUAAGAGAUAUGCUUCAGAAGAUGGAGGUUCAAAUAAAACCUCUGAUGGAUCAAAUAAACAGAGUAAAAGACCUGCCAGUUCCCGACUUUGGAUCUCUUAUCGCAUGGGAGGCUCGUGCAGCUAUUGCUGCUCGUGAAAAUGGUGAGCUAAACCCUAAUGAUCCUUUGAGGUCACAGGGUGGGUAUGGCUCAACACCAAUGCCAUUUCUCGGAGAGACAAAGGUUGAGGUUAACCUUGGUGAAGGAAAAGAGGAUGUCAAGUCUAACGGUGGAGAUUCUAGUCUGAAAGUUUUGCCUCCAUGGAUGAUUAAGCAAGGAAUGAAUCUGACGGAGGAACAAAGAGGAGAGAUGAGACAGGAAGCAAAGGUUGAUGUUGGCUCAUCGAAACUUUCAGAUGACAAGAAAUCAGCCAUGGAAGGUGGCGAUGAGAAAGAUUUGUUGAAGGAUGAGUAUUUCAAAGCGUACUACGCUGCUCUGAUACAGCAGCAGCAAGAGCUAGCUCAGAAGCAGAGAGAAGAAGAAACUGGAGGUGAAGUAGGAGCCCCUGACAAUGAGUUGGCAUCGACAUCCCCAAAUCGUCAGGUUGGUAUGAAGUCCAAACGCGAAGAGGAAGAAGAUGUUGAAUGGGAAGAAGAGGCUCCACCAGUUGCAGUUGGAGGAAACGGAAACUACAAGGUGGACUUGAAUGUGGAAGCAGAAGCUUCAGGUGGUGAAGAAGAAGAGGAAGAAGACAUCGACUGGGAAGAAGGCUGAAUAGGAGGAAAUGGAUCAAAACCAUUCAUUGAAUAAUGGUCGAUUGUGAACUGUGUCUUGUGCACUAUAAGAAGGUGGUAACUGUAGUAAUUGGGCAUCGUGAUGUCAUCCUCAUCUACACCAAAUAUACGAUUCAGACAAAACAAAAAGUUGAUCGAUGCAUCUGAUGAAACAAAAUAGUUUGGACGACAACAUACCUGUGUUUUUGUUAUAAAAAUUCCAGAUAGUUUCAAAUUUUAUCAUUUUUUUGUAUCGUAAAAAGAUAAAUCUAAUGAUAAUCACAAUAAUUUCAGAUAGAAAAAAAUUAAAAAUUGAUUUUUGGUAGGGGGAUUAUAAGUAGGGGUGGGCACGGAUCGGAUAUCCGG